CCGUCAAGUCGUCAAUUCAAGUGCAUCGCCCAGCACCCCGACUCAUCAAUCGACAAUAUGCCUCCUAAGGGAAAGAAAGUCGCCGCUGCCCCCUUCCCCCAGGGUAAGGCUGGUGCCAGCAAGAAGACCAAGAACCCUCUCAUCGAGAAGCGCUCCCGCAACUUCGGUAUCGGUCAGGACAUCCAGCCCAAGCGUAACCUCUCCCGUUUCGUCAAGUGGCCCGAGUAUGUCCGUCUUCAGCGCCAGAAGAAGGUCUUGAACCUCCGUCUCAAGGUUCCUCCUGCCAUCGCCCAGUUCUCCAACACCCUCGACCGCAACACUGCUGCCCAGACCUUCAAGUUCCUCAACAAGUACCGCCCCGAGUCCAAGGUUGAGAAGAAGGAGCGUCUCCACAAGGAGGCCACCGCCGUUGCCGAAGGCAAGAAGAAGGAAGACGUUUCCAAGAAGCCCUACGCCGUCAAGUACGGUCUCAACCACGUUGUCGGUCUCGUUGAGAACAAGAAGGCCUCUCUCGUCCUGAUUGCUCACGAUGUUGACCCCAUCGAAUUGGUUGUCUUCCUCCCCGCCCUCUGCCGCAAGAUGGGUGUCCCUUACGCCAUCAUCAAGGGCAAGGCUCGUCUCGGUACUGUUGUUCACAAGAAGGUAUGUUACUCAGUUGUCUAUUCUUAGGUGCACUAUACUAAUAUGCCAAGACCUCCGCCGUCCUCGCUAUCACCGAGGUCCGCUCCGAGGACAAGUCCGAGUUCUCCAAGCUGGUCACCGCCAUCAAGGAGGGCUAUGCUGACAAGUACGAGGAGAACCGCCGCCACUGGGGUGGUGGUAUCAUGGGAGCCAAGGCCGUUGCUCGCCAGGAGAAGAAGCGCAAGGCCGUCGAGGCCGCUGUCAAGAUCUAAAAAGUUUUCUCUGAAUUACCUAUGUGCAUCGGAGUUGGUUGGUUGAUGAGUCAGUCGGUCAACGGGCUUACGAAUUUCCAAAAAGUAUGUCUUAAGACAGGGAGUUUUAUGUCUUGCGCCUUCUAUCAUCAAAACAAAAUGAAGAGAUGAUCCCAUGUUACCUUUUUUUU